AACUUGCAUGUGUGGUUUGAAUGUGCAAGCAUUUGUGUGUGGUGUGUUCUGGAGUUUGGGAAUGUGUUCUGUGUUAUUUUUGUUUGAGCAGGUAUUUGUGAUAAUAGAUCUUGAGAAGAUCUUUCCGACGCAACAAGAAUCGCUUCAAUCGGAGCAAGAACGCGAAAGCUAUGAAGAUUCAAAGUUCAUGAGCUUGCCUGCAAAUAGGUUGGGAACAACCAAGCUAGGUUGGCAAGGGUGGCCAACUUGGAUGGAUUGGUUGGGAAGGGACAAAGGUCAAAGUUGAGGUUCCUAUAGGGAGGGAAUCUUUGUGCUUAUGGGGUUUCCUUGGUUGGGGACUCUCUUGGGACCUUCCCUCUCGUCCCUCUCUUCCCAUCCCAACCUUUCUCUUGCUCCUUCUAAUUUCCUUGUGAGAUUCUUGAAUUUUGAUUGAACUCUUGAGAUUGAGUUAAGUUCUCCUCCUACAGCUUACCCCCUAGUGCGUCGAAAGCCAUAGCGUCGCGAAUACUUCAUCAAUCAACAUGAUUCAAAUUGGGAACGGUAGCUGAGAUUGAGAGCUACAACAUAUCCAAGUUUCGCGACAUUCCAACGGCUAGUUUUUCGUCGACGUCGUUUCUUGUGAAGACGACUUUUCUGUCCAGAAUUUCGGAUUUAUAUUUUGAGUAAUUCUAGCUCCUAAGUUCACCUAGACUCCGUCCUUAAUCCUAACAAGUGGUAUCAGAGCGAUAUUAAGGACAUUGAGAGGAGUCUACAGAAGUGUGAAGACCCUUCUAGACCCACCAUGGCCUGUGGGUGUGCCUAAGUGGUGUUCUAAAGGUUGGAUGUGUCUUCCGCUAAGGGGAAACUCUGCCGAAAUUUCGUGGACGCCGAUACUUGUGAAAAUAUCGAGGGAGCUGAGUGUGGACAGCAAAGGGGAGCUGAAAUUCGUCAUUUCUCAAGGAGGAGAUGAAUGAGAGAGGAGGAGAUGCUAAUGGAAGAGGAGCUGUAGCUGAGAAGACAAGUGAGCCGCCGCCAUCAAAAGUUGAAGCUUUGGAUGGCUCCAACUAUGAGGAAUGGAGCGGACGGAUGAGGAGUGCCUUCAAACGCUACAAGCUACUGAAGAUUGCUGUUGGGGAAGAGAAGAUGCCGGAAGAAGGCGAAGCACGUGAACGGUGGAUUGAGAAAAGCGCGGUGCUUUUCGACCUCAUCCUUCAAUCGGUCAACAAGGAGAUGUUCGAGCACAUCAAGGAUCUUGUGGAAGCGGAUGAUUCGGGUCCAAGGGCGUGGAAACUACUACGCGAUGUGAUUCAGCCCAACACUAUCCCGAUGGUGAUCGUGCUCGAGAAGGAACUUGCUGCCAUCUCCAUGCGACCAGGGGACGAUGUGAAGCCGGUCCUUGACAAGAUCAAGGACACCAAUGCAAGGAUGGCAGCAGCGGGCAGCAGUGUAUCUCAGCUGCAGCAGUGCACCAAGAUCAUCUCGGUGUUGGACAACUCUUGGGACAACCUCAUCCCCACCCUCAACUCUCAGCAAGAUCAAUGGACACCUGAGUGGCUAAGGCAGCAGAUUCUGCAGGAGGACUUCCGUAGACGCCAUGUGGGAGGCGGUGCUGCCACGAAGACUGCUGAGGGGUAUGGAGCUGCAGGGCGCGGCAAAGGAAGAGGGGGUUGGAGAGGCCGAGGCCGUGGGAGGAGCUUUGGCAGAGGUAGAGGCCGAGAUGACUAUAAUGAGGGGCAUGGAAGCUCCAGUGGCAGGGGGAGUACCAUAAUGGAGGGCACCUGCUGGUACUGCAAGAAGAUAGGGCAUCCUUGGUUCAAGUGCUUCAGCAGGCCGGAGGGAUGGGCACCUCCAGGCAUGAAGCCGCCCAGUGGUGAACGCGCACAAGGUGGCGCUGUGCAAGGCUCAGGUGCACAAGGUGAAGGUGCACAAGGUAAUGCCUAUCCUGGUUUGUUUCUUAUGGUUGGGGAUGUGCAUGGGCAUGAGGGUGAUGUGGGAUCUGUGGGAAAGGUUGUGAUGCACCCUCUCACGCACUGGGUGAUUGAUUCGGGUUGCACCAGUCACAUGACCCCACGGGCAGAUUUGCUUGAUGAGGUAAAACCCCCUGGGAAGAUCAAGUAUGUGGCAGCAGCGUCAGGUGCUUUGCUCCCUGUCAUUGGUGUUGGAAAUGCCAAGGUUAAGGGAGCUAAUGGGGAGCUUGUGGGGCUUGGGAAUGUUCUGCUGGUUGAAGGCUUGUCUGCUAACCUUCUCUCUGUGCGACGACUGCAGAAGAGCAAGGCCGAAGUGACCUUUGGACCAACCAGCUGCCGUGCUAAGCUUGGGAAGAAGGUGCUGUGGAGUCUGGAAGAGGAGACCAGCUGCAUCAAGGACCUGUGGCAGCUGCCCAUCAUCCCAUGGAAUGGGAAGACUCCAACAGCAGCAACGGCAGCAGCGGCAAAGGCAACAGCAGGAGGAGAUGCAACUGCACCAACUGAUGGGGUCCUGGAAGCAGUCAAGAAAGUGCAGCAGCAGCAGACACAUGGUGAGGUGCUUGCUGGUGUGGAUGCGAGUGCGGCAUGGGCUAAGGCUUCAUCAAGGAGUGGAGAGGCCGAUUGGGAGACAUGGCAUGAGAGGCUGUGUCAUGUGAACUUCCCUAUGCUACAGAAGUUGGUGAAGGAUGGGAGCCUGAAGGGCUUGGAGGUGAAAGGGGAAGUGAAGGAGAUUGGGAGCUGCCCUACAUGUUUGGAGACCAAGUUCUCCAAGUUCCCCUUCAACAGUGCAACAGGACCAGCCAAGACCCCACUUGCACUUGUGCACAUGGAUGUGGUGGGGCCCACCAGAGCCCCUUCCCUCUCAGGCAGCCGCUAUUUCUUGACAAUUGUGGAUGACCACACUCGGGCAGUGUGGGUUUACCCUUUGAACAGCAAGGGGGAGGUGGCAGCGGCUGUCCUUAAGGAGUGGAUGCCUAGAGCUCAGAGGGAAUGCGGACACAAGGUGAAGGUGAUCCGCAGUGACAAUGGUGGGGAGUUCAUUGGAGCUGAUUUUGAGGGGGAGUUGAAGAGGAAGGGGAUCCAGCAUCAACUGACAGUGCCCUACAAUCCGCAGCAGAAUGGCGUGGCUGAGAGGUUCAACAGGACCCUGCAGGAGGGGGCACGCACUCUCCUUGGGCGUGCAGGGCUGCCUGAUCCGUUUUGGGUGUCUGCACUGAGGCAGGUCGCCCUUGUGAAGAACAGGGUGCUGGCUACAGUUGGAGAUAAGGAGUGGAUCCCAUAUGUCAAGUGGUAUGGGAGUGCUCCAGCUGUGAACAUGCCUAGGGCAUUUGGGUGCAUGGUGGUGUUUCAUGUGCCUAAGGAGAAAAGGGGGAAGUUGGAGGCUUCUGGAAGAUGGGGUGUGCACUUGGGGAUUGCAAAGGAUCACAAGGGAUGGCUGCUAUGGGACUUGACCACCCAGAAGUUGACAGUGUCAAGGGAUGUGAAGUUUCUUGAGUCCCUGUACUACAAGGAAUGGAAGCAGCAGCAACAGAAGCUUCCAUCUACACCGCUCAUUGUGGAGGCAGAUGAGGUGCAGCAGCCUUCAAGGCAGGUGGAGGUUGCAGUGUCUGAGGAGGAGAUGUCUGGGGUGACUGAAGAAGGGGGAGCAGCUGAAGUAGAGCAGCAGCAGCAGCAGCAGCAUGAGUCUCCACCUCGAGUUCCACACCCGCCUGAGCGUCCUAGGAGGGAUGUGCGCCCUCCGGUGAGGCUGACCUAUGGGGGAAGAGGCAAGCCGAAUGUGGUGCAGGCUGGGAGUGUGGUUGAGCAGAUUGAGGAAGAUGAGAUCGCUCACUGCUACUGGGCACCAAUCCCUGAGCCCAAGACUCGAGAGGAGGCCUUGAAUGGACCAAAUGGGGAGAAGUGGAAGGCGAGUGAGGAUGAGGAGUUCGGGUCCCUAAUUGAGAACGAGACAUGGGACCUGUGUGACUUGCCUCCUGGAAAGAAGGCAAUCACUUCCAAGAUGAUCUACAGGCACAAGUAUGGACCUGAAGGGGAGCUGACCCGCUACAAGUCCAGGCUUGUGGCAAGGGGGUUUCAGCAGACAAAAGGGAAGGACUAUGAUCAGGUGUUUGCUCCUGUGGGGAAAGGAACAACACUGAGGGUGCUGUUAGCGAUAGCUGCACUCCUGGGAUGGAAGAUUCGGCAGAUGGACAUUGUGACUGCUUUUCUGAAUGGGAUCAUUAUGGAGGAGGUGUACAUGAAGCAGCCAGAGGGGCUGGAUGAUGGGAGCGGCAGGGUCUGCAGGCUGAAGAAGGCAAUCUAUGGCCUUAAGCAGGCGCCUCGUGCAUGGUAUCACAAGUUGGAGGAGGCGCUGGUGGCUGGGGGUUUCAAGAAGAGUGAGUGUGACCCCAGCCUGUUCCUGCUGCAGGAGAAGGACGAAAUCCUCAUGCUCUUGGUGUAUGUGGAUGAUAUCCUUCUCUUUUCUGCAUCAACUGUUUUGCUGGACAGCGCAGAGCAGAUGCUGGAGAUGCAGUUCGCUCCAAGAUGGGUGAGGUGAAGUACUACUUGGGGAUGCACGUGGAGAGAGAUGUGGAAAAGGGUGUGCUGAGGUUGCACCAGAGGAAGUACUGUGAGGGGCUGGCUGAGAAGUAUGGGCUGCAAGAUGGGGGAAAGCCAGCAACACCACUACCUUCGGGGUUUACUGUGGAGCCAUGUGCUGAUGAGGAGGUAGUGGGUGAGAGUGACAGGAAGCUGUUUCAUUCGAUGGUUGGGUCGCU